GGGGGGAGGGGGUGUGUUUGUUCCGUCAUGGGGACCCCCAAGCCGUUCUACGGCGUCAUCGUCGGCGUCAUCGUCCUCCUCUGCGCCUCCGUGCGGCGGCUGCGAGCCCAGGGCUGCGACGGGGCAGGUGACCUCACGCAGUUGACCCGCUCCCAGUUGGCCUGCGGGCGACCCCACGCUGGGGGGGUCCUACGGAACGUGGGGGGGGAGGACGCGGGGGCCGGCGAGUGGCCGUGGCAGGGCAGCCUCCUCCGCCAUGGCACCCACGUCUGUGGCGUCUCCUUGGUGGCACCUCGGUGGGUGCUGACGGCCGCCCACUGCUUCCAGGAGAGCCGGGACCCCCGGGUCUACGCGGUGCUGCUGGGGGUGCGGGAACUAUCGGGGCCACCAGGUCCGGGCGUGGUGGUGCCCUUGGGUCGGCUCCUGCCCCACCCCAGUUACGCCGGUGAAGCCACCAGUGGGGACAUCGCCUUGGCGCAGUUGGCCUGGCCCGUCACCUUCUCCGACGCCGUCCUGCCCGUCUGUCUGCCCGCCCCCACCCUCAGCUUCCCGCCCGGCACCCGUUGCGUCGCCACCGGCUGGGGGGACAUCCAGGAAGGAGAGGACCUCCCGUCGCCGCGCCGCCUCCAGAAGCUCGAGGUGCCCAUCAUGGCGCAAAGCACCUGCCGGCGCCUCUACGGCAUCGACAUGGGCCGGGCUUUACCGCCGCGUCGCAUCCAAGACGACAUGAUGUGCGCCGGUUACGCCGAAGGUUUGAAGGACACCUGCAAGGGGGAUUCGGGCGGUCCUUUGGUUUGCCGCGCCGACGGGCGCUGGGUCUUGGCCGGCAUCGUGAGUUGGGGCGAAGGUUGCGCCGUCCCCAACCGUCCCGGCGUCUACACGCGGGUCAGCUCCUACGCCGCGUGGAUCGCGCCCCGCGCCCCCGGCGUCGCCUUCGUCCCCCCCGAAACGGGGGCGAACCCCGGGAAUUCCGUCGCCCGGCCGCGCCUCGGCGUCGCGCUCGUCGGCGUCGCGGUCGGUGGCGUCAUCAUCGGCGUCAUUGGCGGCGGCGGUGUCGCGGGGGCGCUCUGAGGUCAGCGCCG